CUCUGCGGAAAAGCUUUGAAAGGUUCCAACUUCCAACUCGUCAAGACUCAGCUCGGUGUGGCUUCUUGUGCAAGCAUAAAUUUGAAGCUUUUGGGAGGCGACGUUGCAAGGGUCACGCAGGGAGGUUUGGAGACGGGCCUGCACGUUGGAUGCAGAGGGUCCAGCACGUAGCAGCUUUUUUGUGAUUACACGGGAGUCAAUCAGGCAUUUCUGAAAACUGUCGCUCUGGUUGAGGCCUACGUGUGUUUCAGCAUGGCGUCCGCAAGCAUGGCGCUGUCCUCUGCAUUCGCCAAAACCCUAAACCUUUCGACGAGCUCGUUCACGGGCUCAAAGCUGUCUGGGGCGCCCCUCAGCGUCCCCUGUGUGGCCAGGCCCCAGCAGACCCCCCAGAUUGUUGCUAAGCAGCUGCAGGGGAAGGUGGUCCAGAAUGUUUGCGACAAGACGGCGUCCAUUGCUGUGACUAGAAUCUUUGAGCACCCUAGGUAUAAGAAGCGGCUACGGAUGGUCAAGAAGUACCCCGCGCAUGACCCGGAGAACUUGUGCCAAGUAGGGGACUGGGUUACCAUCAAGCUGUGCCGGCCGGUCAGCAAGUCAAAGAAGUUUGCGGUUGUGCAAGUGAACGGAAAGAAGACGAUGGCGGAGGAGAUCCUGCAGCAAGAGCUGCUGGACAGGAGAGGCAAGAAGGCUUUGCCUUCAUUCAAGGAACAUGUCGCGGAGUUUGGUUCACCUCUUGUGGCCGCUGCGCAAUAAAAACGGGGUUUGAGGAACGAGUUGUGAGUUUAGAUCUUGUACGAGUUCUUCAAAAGCAGCAGUCUGCUCAGGAGAAUGCUUAUACGGGACGAUUGUUGGUUUACGUACGGAAGCUGCUGGUGGAACGAGGUUCUUGGAAGGUAUAUGGUUGGUACCAUUUGGGUUGAUGGUGCUAGCUAGUUUGUUGGAAAGCGACAGCCAAAUUCAUCGCAAUAGAUUCAUUCAAGGGCACCGAAAAGUUUCACGGUUCUCCGACAUGCAGCUACCUUUACAGAACUCAGUCCGCUGCAAUGAUUUUUCAUGCCGUAUAGCUCUGCUGCAUGUGUUGAGUCGGCUUCGGGUUUCGAAGUUCAUAUUUCUGAUGCAGUGAUGAUAC